CAGCUAAGUCCGAGCACUGUUUAUCACUCGCCCGAAGCCAUGAUAGCUUGUCAUUGGCCAUGCCAGAAGUGGGCGCUUAACAACUUUUCGAACGGCGUAGCAGAUAUGGCCCCCAGACCAAACACAAGACACGAAACACCAGAGCUAGCAGACCAUUAGCCGCCGAGCCACCCAAGAGGGAACACUAAAGAACCAUGCUCUAAAAAACAAGCCAUCUCCAUCUUUUUCAAAAACGAUCAUUACCCUCCAUGAAACUCAAUCAAACAUCCCAGUCUGUUUCCCCUCCCCAGACUGCCCCUACCCCUACAUCCCCUGCCGUGUCUGCCUCCUCUAGCAAAGAGCAACAGCAACAUCACAAUGUCCAACGACAGCAACAGCAACGACCUCGCCCCUCCAUUCGGCUACCCCGUCCGCCGUAACGGCACCUGCUACGACACCGAAAAUGACUGCGGUUCAACCUGGGGUCCCUACCGCGAAUGCUGUCCCAAGGGCGCCACCUGCGCCCCCGGGAACUGCUGUCACUCCGCCGCAGCAUGCGGCAACAUUCUCAAACUGGAUCCGCAUUGCGGGAAUACCUCGGCCAUUUUGUAUUAUGAGAAUGAUUACUUCUGUUGUUCGAGCGGGCUGGAUGCGUUUGCAAGGGUGUCGAAUGGGUUCGUGGGCUGUACGGAUGAUGUCUCCACGUUGGGGUCGGAGUUUAGUCUGUUGUCGCCGGUCUCGACGACGAGUUCGUCUACAUCGACUACUACGUCUGCUACGGUGACGUCAGAUGCAUCUUCGUCUACAUCGACAGCAGAUACUAGUCUAUCGUCGUCGGUAAUAUCAUCGGCGACUGCGCAGUCUACGACGAAUGCAUCUUCACACACAGAAAGCAAAACGAAUACCGGCGCCAUCGCAGGCGGGGUAGUCGGUGGUGUUGCUGGCUUAGCGCUCAUUAUCUUUAUCAUCUGGUUUAUGAUCUCGAGAAGGUUACAGGCUGCACGGAGACAUGCAGAUGAUGAUGUGCCUUCGACAUACAUAGGCCAUCGAACCAAGAACAAUCAUCCGAGGGAGCUGCAGGGCGAUGCUGCCGCUCCACCUGUUGCUGAGUUGGUGUCUGCUCCGCCGGUUUAUGAGUUAGGUUCACGACCUCCUGUUUAUGAGUUGGGGUCGAGGCCGCCUGUUUUUGAGUUGGCGGGGGGUGUAGAUGGGGGGAGGAUAUGAUCAUAUUUAUGAGUGGGAUCAUUUAUUGUAUAUAUUGCAUGCUUACUACUCUUGAUUAUGACAACUUUCAAAGGAG